AGCGGCGGGGGCGGAAGCGAUCCCCGGGCUGGAGAAUGGGUGUUAUGAGGAGCGGCUGAGGGAGCUGGGGUUGUUCAGCCUGGAGAAGAGAAGGCUGAGGGGAGAUCUCAUCCUUCUCUACAGCUACCGGAGAGGAGGUUGCAGAGAGAUGUCAGUGGCUGCUUACUGUAUAUUUUGCUAUAGACAAAUAGGAACUUCUGGUCCGGCCACAAAAAAACACCUACCAUGGAAUGAUAUCAGAAAAAUUGCAAAGGUCACUGGAUCACUUGUACUAGGAGGUUUUGUAUUCAUUACAUAUGAAGUCCUGUCCUUAAAGAAGUUAUUGCAGAUUGAUACUCAAGCUAUACAGCAAGAAAAACUUAAAUCCUAUGUAUAUGUACGUGCAACUUCUCUAAAUCCAAGUGAAUAUCAAGGUAUCACAUACCAAGCCAGAAGAGAAAUCCACAAAGCUGUGAGGAAAAUUCUGGAAACAGAAGCUAAAAUUUUCCGGAGGCCUUUUAGUGGACAAUUCAGUACAUUUGAUGGAGACGAUCAUGAAUGUGCCUUAUGGCUCCUCUUAAAGAGAACUCAGUCAGAAGACAAAGCGGUCCGACUGCAGGCUGUACAAGACCUGGCAAACAGCCGUCACUGGCAUGAUUAUCAAUAUGGUACAGUUGCCCAGACCUGUGAUCAAAGGACUGCUAUAGGUUUAGCUCGAUCCAAAGAUAUUGACCUUCGCUUUUUCCUGUCUCCACCACCAUUGCCAAAACCAAAGAAUGAUUAUUCUAUGGAAGAUGAACUUCGUUUGUUGUUAGUAUCUUUGCCUCAGACUGGUCUUGAUCCAUGUGUCCAGUACUUCACAUCUCUUGCUUUACAUGAAAGUAGUCAGACUCUUGCUGCACAAAAGGGAGGCUUAUGGUGUUUUGGAGGAAAUGGACUUCCAUAUUGUGAAACAUUGAGUAAAAUCCCUUCAGAGACGGUGGAACUCUUUUGUUUGCAAGCUUUAGUGCAGCAUUCUAAGGUUUCUUCUCACUGUGAUAAAAUAGAAGCUAAAGGAGGUCUUCAGCUACUACAGAGGAUAUACCAGCUACGUAAGGAUUCAGCAAAAAUUCAAAGGAACAUAAUUCGCAUUAUUGGAAACAUGGCUUUGGAUGAACGUCUUCAUUCAUCCAUAGUACGUGCAGGUUGGGUUUCUGUACUUGCUGAAGUAAUGAAAUCCCCACAUGUCAUUCAGUCUUCUCAUGCAUCCAGAGCUUUGGCUAAUCUAGACAGGGACACAGUGCAAGAAAAGUAUCCAGAUGGUGUUUAUGUGUUACAUCCACAAUAUCGUAGCAGUCAGCCCAUCAGAGCCGAUGUCCUUUUUGUUCAUGGUCUUUUGGGAGCAGCAUUUAAAACCUGGCGACAGCAAGACAUUGACCGACGUUUGGAUAAAAAGUCUUCCGAAGGGGAAGAGGACUAUAGCCAGUGCUGGCCAAAGACAUGGCUGGCUUCAGACUGUCCUGCCCUUAGGAUAAUAUCUGUGGAAUAUGACACCCAUUUGAGUGACUGGAAAGCAACAUGUCCUGUUGAGGCUCACAGGAAGUCUAUAGCUUACAGGAGCAAUGAGCUUCUUGACAAGCUCAGAGCUGCUGGGAUUGGAGACAGACCUCUGGUGUGGGUAUCACAUAGCAUGGGUGGUCUUCUAGUCAAAAAGAUGCUGGUGGAUGCUUCCAAGAAUCCAGAAAUGGAUAAAAUUGUAAACAACACCAGAGGAAUCAUAUUUUAUAGCGUACCUCACCAUGGUUCCCAGCUGGCUGAAUAUUCUAUAAAUGCCAGAUAUCUUCUCUUUCCGUCUGCGGAGGUUAAAGAACUCAGCAAGGAUUCUCCUGCCCUUAAAGAGCUGAAUGAUGACUUCCUGUCUUUUGCCAAAGAUAAGAAAUUUUCAGUGCUGAGUUUUGCAGAAACCUUACCAACACACAUAGGCAGCAUGAUAAAACUGCACGUUGUGCCUCUGGAAUCAGCAAAGUUAGGAAUUGGAGACCUUAUUCCAGUGGAUGUUAAUCAUCUAAAUAUUUGUAAGCCAAAGAAGAAGGAUGCUUUCCUGUACCAACGUACAUUGAAGUUCAUUCAGGAUGUUUUAGCCCAAGAUCUUGGAGACUGAGUUUUUGCCAUCCUUGGCUGCUGAUUUCCUCCAUUUGGUGGCACGCAGUAAGUUCUUCUAACAUUUGCCUGGGGAUCUACAGAACUACAAAGAUGCUAUGUCAGAUAGUAUCUGCUGCUAAAAUAAUUUUCGAUACAUCUCCAACUUAAACACCUCUCCAGCUUAUUUCUAAAAUAUGUUCAAAACAAAUACAAACUGGAGUCCUAUAAACUUGGCAAAAAGAAAACGAGUGUUGUUUAGAGCAACCAUCAUCUCUCAACAAAAUUUGUGUAAAUUCUCCAGCAACUUGGCUGGGAGGGGAUAGGUAUUCAGUGAAAGAUAAGUUUCACUUAGUGCACAGAUAUUCUCUGAAGCAAUACAGGUACACUAUGGAGAUGUCCCAGGAUAUCUUUUUUUAGCAAAAAAAAAAAAAGCUAGCUCUAAAGGCCGGUGGCCUCAAUAAGGUAAAUACACAUCUGAGACUCAAGUCUUUUAAAGAGGAUCAGAAAUUCAGAAAUUAUUAAUAAGUGGUGGUUUGUUGUGUCAAAAGGGCAAAGCAGUAUGUCUGCCUUAAAGCUUCAACUUACUGUCCAUGUUAGGUGGUCUUACUGAAGCCUAAGGAAGUUUAUCCAAAGGAAUGAAGAUGGCAUGAAAGUGGCCCAAUUACAGGAGUUUUUGCAAUUUGCCUUUUCAUUUAAUAGAUCACCCAGAUUUGUCAGCAAAUAAAGCAUCUCUUUUCUGCAUGAGAAAGAGAUAGGUUGGUAGGUUGUCUUGCAUAGAUGUGUUCAUCAUUCAGAAACUUUUCUUUAGUUGAUUUAAAUAAGAGUAUUGAAGAUGCUCGAGUGGAGUAAGACAAAUGCAAGCACUGCCAAGAAAGCUCAUGGUUACACUUUUGAGCUCAGUCAGAGAAGUAAAGUGGGAAAAAAAGUCUGGUGAUCAUAAGGUCCCAGAGGAAAUGCAGAAGAUCCCAGAUGUUCUGAUUUCUUGAGACCCAAGUGUAUUUAUUGGUGUAGCUGUAGAGAAAAACAGCAGCGUUGUCUUAAUUGAGUUUACAUUUUUGUUAAGGAUACUUUAAGAGUACUGUCAGGAAAUAAGUAUUUUGAGGAAAAACUAUGGUAGGGCUCAGUCACUUUAUUUUAAAGUCUUAGAUAGUUUGUACUGUAGUUAAAAGCAGCUUAGCCUAAUUGUGGUCUCUCCUUUUUUUUUCCACGCCUCACCGUCUCUGAUAAUAAACAUAGGCUACGAUUAGUCUUUACUGCCCUAGCUCACUGUUUGUUAAAUAAGGCCUGUAUUGAUGAUAGGCUUAAGACAUCUCAGCCUCAUUUAUGUGAGAUAGAUCUAAUAUUACUGGCCUUAAAAUUAUGGCUAUGAAAGCUGCCAAAGGGGUGGGCUUGGUGCAGGCAACAGAGGCCAUUGCAGUCUGGCCAGGUCCUGAGGCCACCUCAGCUGUUCCCACUUCAGAGCACUCCAGCCCAGGACGACACUGUAUCUGAAAAUAAACUUCUGGAGGUUGAGUCUUGACCUGCUGAAGCUGUGUGGUAAAAUUCACAAGAGUACAGUACUGCAGAUGUACAGUACUGCGCUGUCAAAAGGAGCAUUUCCCCCCCCCCCCCCCCAACCAAGAUGUAGAUAAGAACACUGCAUGGCAGUAUUUCAGAUAGAAAAUUUAACGGAAGUGUCUAACUUCUGAAGAGGUUUAUCCUUUUUACACUGUUUUAACUUCAGAGUGUAAAAAUAUUAGAACACUUUGUACUCACAAAGUAGAAGAUAUGUGGAAUUUGUUGUGAAUAGACAAGACUUGUAAUAACUGUGUGUUUAGUGUGACAAAUCUUGUAUUGAUUUUAACAGUCUUCUUUGGCUUACAGGGACUCAGAUUGAUGACUUACACAUUAAUCUCAGUAAAUGCUUUAUUACUGUAACUGGAGGCAACUUUCUCCUUUUUGUAACUGUAUGUAUAUAUGUGUCAAUUUUAAAACUAAUAUUUUGAGGGGGGUUGUUUCUUUUUUGGAACACAGUAAUGAAACGUGUUUUUGAAAAAGUACUAGAUAUGCCACAAAAUGUAUUAAAGGUGAAUAAUCUGCCAAAUGAAUGACCUGGAUCAUGUCCACUUUUGUUACAGGCCUGCAUUAUUUUUUUUAGUGAUUGCGUAAUGCUGGAAGAACAUAAUGUUUACUCUCCAUCUUUUGUAACAGGCACAGCCCCGCAGGGUGCAACUGGUCAUCCAUAUUUUGCCAGACUCAACAGUUUUUCAGUUGUGCUUUUAGAUUUUGCGGAAGUGCCUCUUAAACCAUGCACAGACAUAGCAUUCAUGUCUGCUUCCCAUUAGAAAUUUAUGCUUUCAUGCUUCCCUGGUGUAACAUUACUUUAGAAUAGUGCCUUUAUAUAAAUCCUUAGGUCUCAAACUAUACCCUUAACCCCAUCUAGCUGGGCAUCCAGCUGCAGAUGUGGCUAGCAGGUAUGUGUGAAUUGUCUGAGAAGAUGGUAUUUUGUCUGCAUUGCGGUAUCCAAGACUAAAAUAGUAAGACAGGAGGGGAGGGCUAAUAGGAGUUUGUCAGUCUUCUUGAACUCAUUGUCCAGCACUCCUGUAUGACUAUAUUGGUAUUUCUAUUAGCAACAGUCAGCAAGUUUUUAAUUGCUGUGAUUACAGUAGUGCAAACAAGCUUUCACUGUGAUUUGUGCUCCAUGGGGACGGGCAGAGCUGCUAGGUAGAAAGGAGAAACUUUCCAUCUGGUGAAAAUGUGAAUUCUGGACAAAAAGGGAA